AUGGGUCCUGCCGUUCUCUUCCUCGUGCUCGGGGCUGCAGCACCUCUGCUCUUGGCGGUGCAGAGCUUGAAACACUAUUCCACGGCCAAACCCUCAACAACUUGGAUUAACAAUGAUGUUUUCUUCGACAACCGCACCAACGUCCGCGACAUCUUCACCAUGGUACAUCACCGCAGGUCUACACCUUACAUCACCGCAGGGUUCUUUUGUGCCUCCUCCUCCUCGUCUACGUGCAACGAGUUCCUCUUUGCGGUAGCCAUUUGCACCACGAUGUACGGCUCCGGCCCUCAGCAGGUGGUUUGGUCUGCCAACCGGGAUCGCCCUGUUAGAGAGAAUGCCACCCUUGAGCUUACCACAUAUGGAAACUUGGUCCUCCGUGAUGUUGAUGGUAGCCACGUCUGGUCAAGCAACAGCUCGGGCCAAUCUGUAGCUGGCAUGCUGAUCACAGAGAUCGGCAAUCUGUUAUUGUUUGAUCACAGAAAUGCAACUGUGUGGCAGUCAUUUGAUCAUCCUACUGACAUAUUGGUCCUGGGGCAGUCACUUGUGGAAGGUAUGAGGCUCACAGCAAGUACUUCUGCAACAAAUAUGACCGAGAAUCAGUUUUAUAUCACUGUACACCCGGAUGGAUUAUAUGCUUAUAUUGGAUCCACACCAGCACAGUGCUACUUCACAGAUCUCAUGCUACGUAAUGGAAAUGAUCCAACAAAGGCCACAUUCAACAAUGGAAGCCUCACGAUCUUUGGGAUGUAUACCACAGAUCUAGACAUAUUGGACAACACUAUCAUGCUGCCAGAAUCUAACUUCCGUCAGUACAUGAGAUUGGAGUCAGAUGGACAUCUAAGGCUGUACGAGUAUGAUUUGUUUCUUUCCAGUUGGACUGUGGUGUAUGAUGUAAUGCAAAUUGAUGAUUGUGAUUACCCAACAGUUUGUGGAGAGUACGGGGUAUGCAACGGGGGGCAGUGCACAUGUCCACUUGAGAACAAUUCAAGUUCAAGCUACUUCAAGCCAGUGGAUGAUCUCAAACCUAAUCUCGGUUGCACGCCAGUAACUCCAGUCUCUUGUACAGAAAUACAGCACCAUCAGCUCUUGACCAUUCCAAACAUUUCUUACUAUGAUAAAUACAUGAAUUUUGAUGCAAUAAACUAUAAAGAAACAACCAUUGAUGGUUGCAAGCAAGCCUGCUUGAAGAACUGCUCCUGCAUGGCCGUUUUGUUCAAAGGUGAAAAAUGUGUGUGGGUGACGAAGGUCUUCUCCAUGAAAUCAAUACAACCUGAAACUAUUGGUUACAACACCUCUGCUUACCUCAAGGUGCAACUUAACCUCUCAUUUGAAAAUAAAACAAAGAUGCAACUUAACCCCUCAAAUGAAAACAAAAUGAAAGUGAUAUUAGCUACUACACUUGGAGCUGUCACUACUCUUGUAUUGCUUGUCCUUAUCGUCACUCUUUAUCUACAAAGGAGGAGAAAGUAUGAAGAGAAAGAUGAAGAGUUUGAUUUUGAUCAAUUGCCUGGAAUGCCGACAAGGUUUUCUUUUGAAAUGUUGAGGGCAUGCACGGAAGGUUUCAUCAAGAAGCUCGGAGAGGGUGGGUUUGGAUCUGUAUUUGAAGGGAAAUUAGGUGAAAACAGAGUUGCAGUGAAACGUCUGGAAGGUGCAAGACAAGGAAAGAAAGAAUUUUUGGCAGAGGUCGAGACCAUUGGCAGCAUUGAACACAUCAAUCUUGUUGGUCUGAUUGGCUUUUGUGCAGAGAAGUCUGAGAGGCUUCUGGUAUAUGAAUAUAUGUCAAGAGGGUCACUUGAUAGGUGGAUCUAUUACCGCCAUAACAAUACCCCACUUGAUUGGUGCACUCGAUGUAGGAUCAUUAUGGAUAUUGCCAAGGGCCUAUGCUAUCUUCACGAGGAAUGCAAGCGAAAAAUUGCUCAUUUGGACAUCAAGCCACAAAAUAUUCUCUUGGAUGAUAACUUUAAUGCCAAAGUGGCAGAUUUUGGACUAUGUAAGUUAAUAAAUAGGGACCAAAGCAAGGUAGUAACUAGGAUGAGAGGAACACCUGGAUAUCUGGCACCUGAAUGGUUGACGUCGUCAAUCACUGAGAAAGUCGAUGUCUACAGCUUUGGAGUUGUUAUAAUGGAAAUAAUAAGUGGAAGAAAAAACAUUGACAACUCGCAGCCCGAGGAUGUUCAUCUCAUAUAUUUGUUACGAGAAAAAGAGCAAAACAAUCAGCUGGUUGAUCUGAUCGACAAGCAUAGUGAUGAUAUGGUCUCACGCGAGGAAGAAGUGAUUCGAAUGAUGAAGCUUGCAGUGUGGUGCCUGCAACAUGAUUGCACUCGAAGGCCCUCCAUGUCAACGGUGAUCAAGGUAUUGGAAGGUGCGACACACAUAGAAACUUUUGACGCGAAUUCUCUCAUGUUUGUUCAAGAUAACCCAUCGACAUACUCAGCCCCAUCUCAAGCAUCAAUCUUAUCUGGCCCAAGAUGA